AUGUCGGGGUGGCUCAACUGGGUGAGCGGCAAGCGCGACAACAAGAAUGCGGCGCGCGACGCAAUCAUCGGGCUGCGUGAACAGCUGCACCUCAUCAACAAGAAAGAGGAGCAUCUCCUGACCAAGAUCGACGACGAGCUGCGGAAGGCCAAAGCGAAUGUCACGACGAACAAGCGGGCGGCGCAGGCGGCGCUCCGGCAAAAGAAGCUGUACGAGACCGAGCUCGACCGUCUCUCGGGCAACCGCAUGACGCUCGAGACACAGGUCAAUGCGAUCGAGAACGCCAAUAUGAACCUCGAGACGAUGCGCGCGAUGCAGCGCGGCUCGGCGGCGCUGAAAAACAUUCACCAGAACAUGGACAUCGACAAGGUCGACAAUACUAUGGACAACAUCCGCGAGCAGAUGGCGCUCUCGAACGAGAUCUCCGAGGCGAUCUCGAACCCGGUCGGAAUGGGCAACGAGCUCGACGAAGACGAGCUGCGCGACGAGCUCCAGGAGCUCGAGCAGGAGGAACUCAACGAGCGCCUUGUGGGCGCAGACGCUGCGCCGGCACAUACCUUGCCUACGCCUGCGCCGGCGGCAGCGAGUCCGGCUCCCGCGCCUGCACAGCGCACGGCGUCUUCGGCGGCGGACGAGGACGAGGAACUGCGUGCGCUCCAGGCCGAACUGGCCAUGUAG